AUGUCCACCGGCCACCUCGCUCCGGCCAAUCCAGUGCUGCCACGUCACCCCGUCGCCGAUCUCCUCCAUCCGGCGCGCGCCACCUCGCCUCCUCUCGCCUCCCACCGCGACAGGCCCGCCGGGCCCGGAUCGGGCCCGCGGGGCCCAUCCUGCCGCCGCCGCCCCACGGCCUCCGCUCCAGCCGCGCCGCUCGCCGCGGGCCGCCGUAUCCGCCGCGCGCGCGCCCGGCGCCGCCGCCCCGCCUCGUCUCCGCUGCCCGCGCCGCCCUUCCGCCAUGCGCCGCCCUCCGCCGCCGAUCUACAGCGCCGCCUCCGCCCGCCCGGCCGCGCGUCGCCCCAAUUUACCGCGCCCAACCCCGCCGACCUGUCGCCGGCUGGCCUCGCCUCCGGCCAGAUCCUGGCUGGAAAUGCCUUGUGGUGA